CAGGUGUGCAGCUGAGAGUAUUAAUAGUUAGGAAUGGAACUAAUCCAUCCCAUUCCUCCACACACACAGGAGUUCUUUAAAACCUGCAAGAUGAUCUUCUUACUGUUAUGCGUGGCUCUUUUGUGUACCACGGUUUACAGUGCGGACUCGUCAGUGGAAUGGUGCUACGAUAAACCAACUUGCGAUUCUACUACCUGGCCCAAAAUUGCACCACAAUAUUGCAGUGGAUCAAGGCAAUCUCCCAUUAACAUAGUAACUUCAGAAGUUAAGGCAAAUUCCAAACUUACCUCAUUUACCUUUACUGGUUUUGAUGACGACUCCACUCUCUUUUCAAUUGGAAAUACUGGUGACUCAGUCGUAGUCAGCCUGGAUGGUGAUACAAUGAAAGUGGAAGGGGGUGACCUACCAGGCGCAUACACCAGUGUACAAUUCCAUCUCCACUGGGGUAAGGGUAGCUCUGUGAAUGGCUCUGAGCACACUGUGGAUGGCAAGCGAUACCCAAUGGAGUUGCACAUUGUGAGUGUCCAUUCAAAGUACAAUGGCAGUGCAAAAGCUGCGAUAGACGCUCAUGACCCCAAAGGAUUGGCUGUCCUGGGCUUCUUUAUUGAGGGAUCCAAUUUAACAAGCAAAUCAAAAGGCUGGGAGAUCCUAACAUCAUUUUUGCCAAACAUUACCAAUUCAAGUGCUACAACAUCAGACAUCAUAAAUAAAACCACAAUGAAUAGUCUGCUUGAAGGGGUGGACAGGACUAAGUAUUACCGCUAUGAAGGCUCCCUAACCACGCCCAGAUGUAACGAAAUAGUGAUCUGGACAGUGUUUAAAGACACUAUCAAAGUCAAUCAUGAGUUGAUUCGCCUCUUCAGCACAACAGUACAAUUCAAAGACACAAGCACAAAAAUUGCCAAUAAUUUCAGAGGUGUUCAAAACAUGAAUGGUAGAAUUGUGACAUCACAGGUGGCUUCAGCAACAUCUUCAUCUGUAAUCGUAUUCACUUUCUACAUUUUGCCGAUAUUUCCCUUUAUUUGCUGGCUGUAAAUACUUUGGAUUGGCCAGUAGAGUAAAAAAAGAUGCACACUUCCUUAUGAUCUGUUUUUAUUUUAUCAUGUGUGAUGAGCAUGUGUAUGGUUAAAAUUCAUCAAAUAUAAAAUAAAAUAUAUUAACUUUGAAAUAUCUUAAUGUUAUGAUUUGGAAAAACAAAACUGAAGUUAUUGGUUGAUGAUACUUGAAUGAGCCUAUUUCUGCUUUAUGUGUUUACCCAUCUUAAACACACAAUCUGUUAUAAACAGUAUGAUAACAUGAGGAUAGGAAAUCAUUGUUGACAUGCUGAACAGCUGAAAUCAUAAAGUCUGCUCAUUAUGUACUGUACUCAGCUUAAUUCUGUAUUCAGAUGUAAACAGCAUGUAUACUGUAUUCAUCUGAAUAAAUGUUUAAUAUUUAACAUUAGAAUCAAAAUCUAUCACGUAUCUAAAUAAAUAAAUGAAAUGCUGUUUAAUAACAAAAUUAAUUACAUUUGUGUACGCGUGUAUGUAUGUAUGUAUGCAUGCAUGUAUCUUAUCAUCACCACAUUAA